GUUGUAAAGUCAGUCUAGACACAGACUUUUGAGGACUAGACUGAUUGUUGACUAGCGACAAAAUGCCUGACACUCGAAACCAAAUUGUGAGAGAAGUGAAAACUCGUUUAUAAUUAUCUUAUAAGUGACGUAUGAUACCAACAAAUGUGAAUUCGAUUAUUAUUGACGUAUUAAUACUUAUCGAACACAAUACAAUUAUCGGGUACAUCACGUGGAAAAUAUUUGUGUUGUUUCAUUUUGUUAAUGAAAAAUCGGCAAAACUGAUUGAUUGUUGUAAUUUAGAUUGAUAUAUUCACAGAAUUCAUUUUGACCCCAAAGCAAUUUUUUUUUUCCACAAGAAUAACCACUUGAAAUGUUUGAUUGUUUGGCGUGUAUGAUCAUUGAAUCGAAUAAAAAACGAUUUCUAACUUAGCAAUUAAAUUGGAAAUGUCAUUUGAUCAUCGACAUUUUCGAAGAAUUGACAAUUUGAAUCAUAGUAAACAAUAUUUUCUGUCGGUGAUUAUCUGCAUACAGUUUUUUUUCUUCGAAAAUUGGAUACUUCGUACGAAAUUGAAUUCAUUUGAGAAAUAAAGUUACAAAUUUAUUACGUUUGCAAUCAUUUCAUUGCCAUUUGUUAUUUUCGGCACAAAACCAUUUAGAUAAAGAAAGGUGAUUUAAAUGAAAACAGCGAACGAACAGAGAAAAAAAAAUCGGUACGAACACGCGUCGCGAUUUUUUCUUCAAAACAACCAAUUUCAAUACAAUCUUCCUCAAUCCAUCAUGUCAAUAGUUUAAUUGUGAUGGUUGUGAUGGUGAUAAAAUUGAAUAUAUGACGAACAAUGAAAUCACGAGUGAUGAACUACAAUGUGCUAUUUUGGAUGAUUUAUUGAAUCAAGUCCGUUAAAAAGACAAUGUCAUAAACAAAUAAAUAUGGAUCUGAUAUUGUGUUCGAAAUAAUACACAGAAAUGAUCCGUUAUCUCACUAUCAAUAAUAUUGUAUUUGAAUUCAAAUAUUUAACAAACGCAAAUACGAAUACAAAUACAAAUACAAAUUAGAGUAAAGAGCACGAAAGCAAACAAAUACACACACACAGAGAGAGAGAGAGAGAGAAAAUCGAAAAUGCGAAAAUGUGUUUGUGAAUUUUCGCAUUAUUUGAUUGCAUUUCAAUGGAUCGAAGAGCAUGGCAGUUCACAGAAAUCAUUCAAUUAUACACAAAUGCUAAGACACUCACACUCUGUAGUGUAAAGUAUAGGUGCUUCGAACAAUGCCGGCGAAUGUUGAAUGUAAAGAGUGCGACUGAGAAAGAAGAGAGAGGGAGACAAAAAUACUCACACUCCAAUCGCUUAUACACGAAUCAGUGCGAAAAAAAGGAACGGUAAACACGAAUAAAGUUGAAAAAGAAACUAUGAAGAUAAAAAACGAAUCGAAAGUAAAUAGAUCUAUUUUUUUUCUCAUUUGAAGUUUCACAAACUGAUAAUCAAGCCUAAUACAUCUUUUAGUGCCAUUCGACUGUGAACGUAUUUCAUGGCACAUUUCAUUGAUUUUCACACAAAAAAAAAGCAACCAUUCAGUUGAAGUCAAGUGAUAUAUUGAGUUGGCGUGUCAUCACUUAUUCCAGUCAUUGAUUGAAUGCUGUUUUUAAUUGACAAGUCAUCACAUUCUUUCUCUACAAAAAAUGUCAAAUGGAUACUCAAUUACAUCUGUGUAAAAGCGUCACCUUCAUAUAAAUUAUAAUUUUGGAUAAAUUUAAGUAUCAGACGUGUUCUAGCUUCCACAGUGAAUGGACUUGCCGAUCAAAUAAUACAACAGAAAUUGAUGAGAACGAGAAAAUAACGCGAGUGUACACCGUUUUCUAUUAAUUUGCUGCUAUUUUAUGUGCCGGUGAGAAUUUGCAACACACAAUAAGCAGUCGAUUAAAUGACACAAAUAGUUGCAUGUGCCCGUGUGUGCUAUUGUUCGAUAAAAUGAAGUGAUUUAUAGUGUAAAAUUCAUGGAAAAACCGUAAACAGAAUUUAGAAAGAAAACAAGAAAACAGCUGACAAAUAUAUAGCACAAAGAUGAAUGCAGAAAAAAUUAUAGACAACAAAUCCGCAAUGAACAAAAAAUCAAUGAACACCGGCCAAAACAUGCAAACGACAACAGAUAACACCAAUGAUGAAGACAACACAUCCCAUGGUGGUUGGAAAAAUCCAAUCGAGUUCUUAUUUGCCUGCAUAAGCUAUGCAAUCGGACUGGGGAAUGUCUGGCGUUUUCCCUACUUGGCGUAUCGAAACGGGGGAGGAGCAUUUUUGGUGCCAUAUAUCUUGAUGGUGUUUGUAAUUGGUAUACCGAUAUUUUUCUCGGAAUUAUUUGUGGGUCAGUACAGUGGAUUAGGUCCAAAUCAAGCAUAUGAAUAUUUAGCACCCUUCUUCCACGGUUUGGGAUAUUGUACAUUGGUUGUCAUUACAUUUGUCACCAUUUACUACAUGGUUAUUAUAUCUUGGAUUGUAUUUUACUUUGUUGCGUCAUUUUCACCAAAACUCGGCUGGGGCUACUGUGAUCACGAAUACAAUUCCAAUGAUUGCUACAGCAGCUUAGAAGAUAACAAUUGUUCAAAGAACGGUACCGAACAUGACAUGAUAUAUUAUAACAAAACGUGUACGAGCAUCGCAUCGAUUUGCGGAAAUAAUUCCUAUCAGGGAAUAAAUGCAUCCUACUGUCUUAAUACAGCAACUAAUCAACCGGUACCGAUACUAAAUGUGAUCAACAGAACGCUGGCAUCCGAAGAGUACUAUUACGAAAAUGUUUUGGGAAUUGGAGAUGCAAGCUUUUCUGAUUUCGGCUAUCCACGAUGGCAAUUGGUGAUAUGCUUGGCAUUUGGAUGGCUUAUUGCAUUUCUGUGCCUAUCCAAGGGUAUUAAAAGCGCCGGUAAGACUGUGUUCUUCAUGGUGAUCUUCCCAUAUGUCAUCCUAACCGCCUUACUGAUUCGAAGUAUGACUUUGGAGGGCGCCAUGGAUGGAGUCAUGUUUUAUAUAAGGCCCAAAUGGUCGAAGAUCUUAGAGGCUCGUGUGUGGGGUGAUGCAGCAUCACAAAUAUUCUAUUCAUUUGGUCUCGGAUGUAAUUCAUUGGUCACAUUCGCUUCAUACAGUAGUUUUAAGAAUAAUCUUCACACCGACACCAUAGUUGUGUCGUUUAUGAAUGUAUUUACGGCUAUAUUUUGUGGAUUCGCUGUGUUUUCCAUGCUUGGAUUCAUGGCCAAUAGUCUCGGUAUUGGCGUCGAUAGCGUUGUACAAGAUGGUCCAGGUUUAGCGUUCAUCGCAUAUCCGGAAGCCAUCCUACAAAUGCCACUGAAACAUUUAUGGGCCGUUUUAUUCUUUUUCAUGAUGUUCGUGCUUGGAAUGGGUUCACAGUUUGGUGGUAUUGAAGCAUUGUGUUUGGCAAUCACGGAAAAAUGGCCACAUCUGGUCGAUCAUCAUUGGAGAGUUACAGCUGGUGUUUGUAUUGCAUGCUUUCUAGCUGGCAUUCCAAUGCUUUGUAAUGGAGGCAUAUAUAUAUUUACAUUAUUAGAAUGGCAUACAGCAUCGUGGGCAAUCCUUUUGCUUGGCAUUGCCGAGGUUGUCGUACUCUCUUGGGUAUACGGAAUUGAUCGUACAUUUGAUAACUUAUCACAAAUGAAUGUGCGAUUAACCGGCUUUGUUCGAGCUUACUGGUGGUGUGCAUUGAUGUUUGUGACGCCGAUCGCCUCAUUCGCGGUGUUCAUUUUCAUAAUGUUAAACAUGGAACCAACCCGUUUUAGGAACUACACUUUCCCCGUAUGGGCUGAUUUAUUAGGCUGGGGCGUUGGAUUCAGUACAUUACUUCCAUUCAUUAUCUUUGUUGUGUAUCAUUUGUGCAGAGGAGAGAGUCUGCGUUCAUUGUUCCAAACAUCACCACACUGGAAACCACAAGAAAGUGCCGGACCAAUUGAUGAUUUACCCGCAUCACCCCAACCAAAGAAAUCCUCAAGCUGGAAAUGUUUUGCAACACCAGUUGCGAUAGUUAAGCGUCGUUUUGGUUGUCAAUCCAAAGCUUAAUACAAAUAAAAAAUAUAAAUUUUUUUUUAGUAAUUUAA